UGCACACACAAACUCCCCCAUUCUCCAAGCUUCUGUAACGCCAAUGUGUAACGUCCGUCCACUGUGAAAUGCACAAAGAAUGCAACCUUGCCGUAACACUAAUCGCUCUGUGACACCGUUUUGGUGCUCUUGCUCCAGCGGGUGAGAAGCCAACAACAGUUGCAAAAUGCCUUUCCGCGACAGCAAAACAACAUACAGCAUCAACAACAACUACACACUAACGAAACCGCUGCCAGGCCGAACCAGUAGCGAUAGCAUUAUUAUAUAAAAAAACAAGCAUUAAAAUCGUUCGAUGUACUAUGACUAAUUUUCCAAGAAAGAAUGAAGAAAACGAGCAACACAAAAUGCAGCAAAUGUAUUUCCUGAAUGUGUGUGUGUGUGUGUGUGUGUGUGUGUGUGUGUGUGUGUGUGUGAAAGUUGUAUGCGACAUCCGAAACGAAGCGAAAAUUGAGAUAAUGCGAGGUAAGUGAGCUUGAACACAGUGUGUAGUAGGUGAGAGUGUAGCAAGAUCUUGAUAUCGAUCGAGUGUAAAUUAUAACUAUUCGAAUUACCCUCACAUAUGUAAUGGAACGUUUGUAGUUGUUGCAUGUGCCAAACCGACAUUUGUUUGGCGUGUCGAAAAAUGGGUAACGAAUUGUGCUUGCGAACUGCACCAGGGUGUGCUAGUUUCCAUUGCUGCCUCGCAAGAUGCACAUAGCCAGUGCACGAAAUCUCAAAGAAAGUGGAUAAAUUGCAGUCAUUUAGGGAGCGGGCUUUGCAGCACCGUUGCAAAAUUGUGGCAGGACAUGAACUUCCUGCAGUUGCUGUGUCCAGGCGAAGGGCUAGAAAAUCCAAUGUUUAACCUUUCCUUCAUACCAUGUGAAACGCAACGGUGGAACGAGUGUCGUACGAGCAACGUUAAGCUGAGGCUGGAAAUUGCAGGGGAAAGCGACAUUGAGCGAGAUGACGAAAAGAAGCAAUGGUUGAACACGAUUCUGAAGGUGCCCGGUAUACUUGUCUGUGAUGUUUUGUCGGAUCAAGGAAACAGAUCGACCGCGAUUUCACUGCAACAUCUAGAGUACAGUGAUUAUCAGAGGAAAACCCUAGCCAUGAUGCUUAUCACGGUUGUUGGCAUCAUAUGUUUAGUACUCAUGAUCGUGAUUUGCGUCGCACACGCGUAUAAACGAUCGUGGGAAGGGAAGAACAUUCCCAACGGCAGUAGUGUGGAUGGGGGUCUUAAGACAUCAGAUAUAACAGCAAAAGUGCAUCACUUUCCGAGAGAGAAGGUACAACUUGUCGAAAGGCUCCGGCAGGGUGAAUAUGGUGUCUAUUGGAAAGCGAUCGUAACGGGAGUUGCUGGUGAUCCGGCGUUGGAAAUUCAAGUGAUGGCGAAGGAACCGGUAAAGAGCUUUGAUACGCAAGAUCUUUUGGAAGAGCUCAAGACUUACGUACAGGUGGGGCAUCAUGUGAAUGUUUUAAAUUUUCUUGGAAUUGUUAGCGAAAACAUGGUACAAGGAGAGUUCUUUGUGAUAACAGAAUACUGUCGGUUUGGUAAUUUGAAAGACUUUUUGCUCAAGCAUCGACACUCUUAUCGUGAGCAAGGCGAUAAUGAAAUUGCGGAAAACAAUCAUAGGGUUAGACUACGUCCUCAACGCUACACCUUUGGUAGAAUAGAGUUGCUCUACUGGUCAUACCAGAUCGCAUGUGGCUUGCAAUACCUCGCGUCUCGUGACUUUGUCUACGGCAAUCUCUCCGCUCGCCAUGUACUGCUUGGUGAGGGCAACAUUGUGAAGCUGAGUGGCUUUGGAUCACCUUGCCGACUGCAGCUGUUCAGUAAGCUGACUCCGCAAAGCAUCCUAUCGCUAGAACGAAUAGCACCGGAAUGUCUGCAAAGCGAUGGCACAUUCACUAGCAGCUCAGACGUAUGGUCGUAUGGUGUACUACUCUGGGAGCUGUUUUCGCUGGGCUGUGAUCCUUGCUGGGGAUUGAUACCACAGGGGCGGUUUGCCGAUAGUUUUGAGUGUGUGAGUACGCUGCCCACACCGAAGUAUGCAAACGAUGAAGUGUACCAAAUUAUGCGGCACUGCUGGAAGCAAGCACCUCAGGAAAGGCCGAGCUUUGUGGAGCUGUGUUCUCGAUUGAACUGUUUGAUCCCGAGGAGCAUGCUAAAGAGCUACGAGGAGUUGAAACUUCUUUACUCGUGUAUAAAUGCAGUGCAUGAAUCAGUUUUAUAAAAAGAAGGAUUAUUUCCACAGAAUUUUAAUAUUGAAACAUAGUAGAUAGAAACCUAGCCAUAAAGGUAAAUUUAAUAACCACAAAAUUGUAUCUUCUUUCUUCAAAGGAAUUUUUGAAUCAUAGUAAUUAAAGCAUUU